UAUAACUCCGAUGAAGAUUCUGACAGAAGUCAGAGCCCAAAACCAUACAGAGAUAAGAUUGUUCGCCUCGAUCCUCCAACACCAACAAAAUCAUCGCGUUUAAUUCCGGAGUUAUCCCCUAAUAUAGACGAGAUAGGUUGGAGUGGAGAACAGAAAACAAUACGACAGAUCAACAAAGUAGGGAACCCUGAGUGGAAUAUCGAUGGCAAUGUGGUAUCGUUUAAUGGCAAGAAAUUAUUGUACAACUUUAGCAAGCAAAACAGGCAGACUUCUGCUACAUCACUUUCACUGUUGGAUGCUAAGAAAUAUUCACCAUACUCAAAUAAACACGAGACAUCAUCGAGUUCAUCCACAGAAAAAAUGGAAUUGAAAGAUACCGCUUUUCAUCAAGGACAGAAGUUUGUAUUUCAAGUGAAAAGAAAGCCGGGAAAGCCAAAUGUAUCAGGGACUUCUCUUUUAAAUGACAAUUCGUUGUUGUCCCCCAAAAGGCCUUUAUCACCCAAAGGACCUGGUGUCUCUAAUAGUCAAAUGAAGCAGCUAGGGCCUGCAGGGAUGGGACAGGUUAGGCAGUUAAAUGUAGGUCCUGUGGGAGUGUCCAAGGUGAGACAAAUGUCCCAAGCUGGUCAGCCACAGAUGAUUGCCAAGCAUGGACAAAGUGGUGGCACAGUGAAGAUAGGUACCACGCCCACAUCAACAGGAAGUCCCAGGCUUCCGAUGGCAGUUAACAGUGUGUCACCAACAGGACAACGAAUCAUCAAAAUAGUGGCCGCCCCUGGGCAACAGCCCCUUCAACCUGGUCAAGUGAUCAACUUGGCUGAACUUGGCCUUGUAGGUGGGGCUAAUAAGGCUAUUAAGAUUAGUGGAAAUGUAUUACAAGUCAAAGGACAGAGUACAGGCUUCCCCUUGUCAGGCAAAACUCGUAUUAUAUACCAGGGCAGUACAAGUGCAUCUAAGAUUGCAGCUGUGUCCAGCACAGCAACUUCAGUAACACCAACAGAAUCUCAAACACUCCUAGCUGGCAGUAUUAGUGCUACUGGGACAGAACAACAGAAACAAGCUAUCAUUACUCUGGGGCCAUCCUCAGGUUUGUCUCCCUUGUCACCAAAUACUUCGGUACAAGUAGAUGGAAAGUCUGCACAAGAGGGCAUCAUUAAAAGAUCUGUGGAAUCAAGUGUCUUGCAGGCUGCACAAGAAAAAUCUUUUGUGGGGUCAAAUAAUAUGCAGGCUCCAUUGGAAAAUAGUAAAAGCCUGUCUGGAAGUUUGACACCUGAGAGUAAAAAUAUCGCGAGUGACUCUCCUGUCAAGACAGUAUUACCAGUCAAGACAAAUGUACCCAAUACGUCGUCUGUGAUAACCAGUGGUGAUCGUUCUCCAGGAUCUGACCGCUCAAAUUCAAGUGAUGAAGAUAUACCAGAACUGUUUCCCAUGAAUCCUCCACAGCAACCUCCAAAGAAACGUAAAGUCUCUGAUGGCUCCAGCACUUCUCUCUCACCGUCCAAAGUGUUCAUUCAAGGAGUCAGCUCCAGUCCCCCUAGUGUUAAAAGUCACAGUCCACCGAAAUCACCAGUAGCUAGUCAUUCCCCAAAAUCACAAGUGGCUAGCCAUUCCCUAAACUCACCAAUGGUAAGCCAUUCUGCAAAAUUACCAUUGGCAGGUUUGUCAAAAAUGAAUAGUCCUCCAAAGUUAACACCCCAAUCAUUACUUGGUCCUCCUAAACUGACUUGUCCACCAAGGAUACGUAGCCCUCCAAAAUCUUCAGGGCCACCAAAGCUGACCCCAGUCAUACCACUGGAUAGCAGCAAUGGUACACAUUCAGAAUGGAAGCAAAAUACUAACAGUAAAUUCCCACCAUAUACACCACAUCAAACCAACGGUCCUAGUGAGAGUCGAAAAAGUGUUUUUGAUGCAUUUGAUAUGGAUGAUUCGCCCAUGCAAGACACUGGCUCCGAACAUUCUGCAAAGCAGGAAACAAAUUCUGGAAAUGUUACAAAGCUUAUAUGUGAUUCUGAUGAUAAAACAGAAGACAGUGUUACUAUGGAUGACAUGUUAAAUGAUACCGAGCUAUCUAGAACUUCUUCCCUCGCUGUACAUAAUUCUGACAGUGUUUCCCAUUCUACGGAGAAUCGAUUACAGGAACAUGAAUUAGAAUCUAAAGUGGACACUGGUAAAAAAUCACCAGAUAAAGGCAAUCUCUUUGAUAAUUUUGCGACGUUUCUGCACACACCGCCUACGAUACCAUCACAACCAACAUCCCAGCCAACGGAUCACAAUUUAUUCAACAGUCAGAGCACAUCAUUGUCUACAUCUCACUCAUCUUCAUCACAGUCCUCAUCUUCAUUAUCAUCAUUGUCAUCACCUUUUGCAACCUCGCAGACUUCAUCAUCUCAUUACUCAGGUAGAUCAAUAUUUGACAGUAUUAGUCCUGUUAGCAAUGCCUCACACCAGAACAACACUCACCCUGUAAACAUCAGCCAAUCAGAAGUGAUAGGAGGUCAGAAGCAGAGUCUUACACAGAAUAUGAUGGAUAAAGUCUCAGCGUUUGCUGCUAACCUCCACACAGGGUCUCUUGCCAGUCGUCUAGGAAACCUCUCCCCAUCUAAGUCAUUGCCAAUGGCGACAAGUUUACACCAGUCAUCACCAGUUACACAGGGAACAGUUAACAGAGAACACAUAUCCAGUCCAGUUGUCCAACAGGAUCCUGACCAAGCAGGCCAAGAGGAUACCUGAUGACAUGAAAAUGUAGCCAAUCAGGAGGACAGUAAUGAAUCAUUGAACAAAAUCAACAGACCAAUCAGAAUUAUCAACACACCAUUAACCAAUCAGAAUUAUCAAAACAUUAUUAACCAAUCAAAAAGCUGCUAAAUUGAUCUUUACUUUUGCAACAGACCAAUCAGAAUUAUCAACACACUAUUAACCAAUCAGAAUUAUCUAAACAUUAUUAAUCAAUCAAAAACCUGCUAAAUUGAUCUUUACUUUUGCAAUGGAUAUUUUAUUGAAAUCAUAAUCUUUCAUAAUAUGAAUGAGCUUUAUUUUAGAAAAAUCUGAAGUUGUGGGAAUAUCCAUCCUUGAUAGUUAAUGUUGUUGGAAACCAGGAAAGGAGCUUUUUCUGUUCUCCUAAUGAUUCAUGGAAGCAUGUUUUUGAUGAUAUAUGAAACAGUGAGACAAAGGGGAAAUUAGACUGAAGUGGCAAAAGCUUAAGUGAUUUUGUUUUUCUUGUAAAACAUUUUUGAAGGACCAGAAAAAGAGAAAUUUUAUGGUGAAAUUGUGAAUCAAAUCAGAGAGGUUUUUAUGUUUGUAGACUUGAAUAUUCUAAUUGAUGUAUACCAGAAUUGUAGACCAAAGGCUGAUCUUUUGACAACACAAGGUAUAAUCCUUUACCUUCAAAGUAUUUGUCAAUGAUGAAAUGUAUGUCCUUUGUUGUAUUAUUAUCAGUCUUAUAUUUUAUUUUUUAGAGACAGUAAAUUAUUUUAAGGAUGUAUGCUACCUUACACACAAUGUAUUUCUUGUACAAGAGUUGUUUCCCUUAGCACUAAUUUUUCAUGUCAGAUUUAACAGAGUUUUGGCAGAAAUCUUCAUUUUGUUAUUGUUAUGAACUAUAUAAAGUCAUGUUUCUUUCCAAUGAACCUUAACCUAACAGGUCAAUAAUAAUUAGUAACUCUUAUAGCAGGUACAAAUUACAGGAAAGUAGCAUACAUCCUUAAAGAAAGAUAUUGAUUGUUCAUUGAUGUCUUGCCAUGACUUGAACAAUAUGAUUAAAGCUUCAUUUGCUGUGUUUUUUUAUUAACUUUGACUUAUGUUAGGAACAUUUUUCAAGAAAAUGUGAUAUUAAGAGAGAACCAACCUGAUAAUGAGCAGACGUGUUGUCCGUAAGAUUUUACAUUCAUGACGGGAGACAAACUAUUAUUUCUGUUUGUGUUCUAUUAUUAAGAAUUCAUAUUAAGAAGGAAACAACUUUAUUGUAUUUAAGUUUAUCUGUUGUAGUAAGUUCAAAAUUUGGAUGAAAAAAGACUGAGUCACUUUAAAAUUUUAGAUAGUUGUCUAGUUGGAGAUAUGCCAUGUCAUUGGUCAAAAUAGAUUGCAAAUUAUAUAAUUUUUUCUAUCAGGAGCAGAAAGUUUAUUGAGAAGUAGGUGAAUGAUGUGGCAAUUGUCUCAAUUGAUUCUCUGCUGUGUUAAAAGAAGUAUGCACCAUUUCAUAGAUGUUGUGAUACAAGGAAGAAAUUAUGUUGGAUUUUGUUGUAAUAGUAUAGGCCUGUAUGAUAAGAAUUUGUAGGUUUAAUUAAUAAACAUGUUUCUGAAUUAUUUAUUAUUUUUCAUUUUAUUACUGAAUACUGUUUUAAUCAGUACAUACUAAAUAUUUAAGAUGAACAAUGAGUGUGUAUUAAGAGUGAAUUUUUGUCAAUUUUUUAAGUUAA